AUGUAUCUUAAAAUUUAUAAACAAUUUUCUACUUUAAAUUUAAACUUAAAAGGAGAUUUAAAGCCUUAUAUUUCUUUAAAUGAAAAUAUUGAAACAGAUUUCUACAAACCGAAAUGGAUAGAUGCUGGCCAAGAAUUUACUAAAAGUUUCAGAAAGGAGUUUGAGUGUUCUCCAAGCCAAAUUAAGGAGUACUUAGAAAGCAUUAAAGAUGUUGCUUAGAACUAAAUGGCUGUUAGGAAAGAAUUUGCGCUCUUAGGAAGGUCUAAUGUUGGAAAAUCUUCAAUGAUCAAUUCAAUCCUCAACUUUAAGAUGAUGGACACAUCAAAUAUGCCUGGAAAGACUAGAGAACUAAACUUCAUUACUAUGAACCCAUAAUCUGGAGCUGUUUUAAUUGAUCCUCCUGGUUAUGGCUAUGCUAAAGGUUAAAGAAAAGAGAUAUAAGCUUGGGGCAAAAUGAUGCAAAAUUAUUUUGUUCAUUCAAGCCAUUUACAUCGUUUAUUUAUAUUAAUUGAUAGUGAACAUGGUAUUAAAGAAGUUGAUUUAAUGCUUAUGGAAUUGCUUGAAUAAAAAAUGAAACCAUAUGUUAUAGUCUAUACAAAAUGUGAUAAAAUUAAUUAAUAAAAAUAACAAAAGCUUGUUGAGGAAGCAAAAAAUAAACUAAAAGACAAAGUCUUAUCAUACCAUAUCCUACAUUUUACAAGCUCAAAGAAUAAUUUUGGAAUACCACAUUUAAAAGCAUAAAUUGCUUAUUUAUUAUAACUAUAACUCCUUGGUAGUCAUUAUAUAUACGAUAUUAAAUUGCCAGAAUAGCAAUAUGAGGAUGAUACUUUGAUAGAUAUCGAAGUAACUUAAAAAUACGCAACUUUUUUAACAUAAGGUGGAAAAGUUUGGAUGUUAGGUAACGUUAAUAGCGAUUAAGAAAGGAAAAAAGAAGAUGUUAUGGAACUUGCUCCAUGCUAGAUUACUUCACUACCUAGAAUAUCUUAGUUAAGCUGUGGCAAAUAUCACGCAUUUUUCUUGUCAACAUAAGGACAUCUAUAUGCUUAUGGUUAAGAUAGAUAUAAUUGUGGUAUCCUUGGAUUGCAUGAGACUAAAUGUGCAAAAUCUCCACAACUCAUUCAAACAUUCACUUCAGAAAAAAUAACCUAAAUAAGUACAUCCGAUAAGCAUGCAAUAGCACUUAAUGAUCAUGGUAAUGCCUUUGUUUGGGGUAGUAAUCAAAGUGGCUAAUUAGGUUUAGAAAAUACGAAAAAAGCAACUUAUCCAUAAUACCUUGGACUUAUCGAGGUUUACACAAAUAAAAAGAUCCUAGCAUGUCCUUCACAGAGUGUUUUUAUCACAAAGGGUGAAAAAUUAUUUAUAAUUGGAUAAAAAAUAAAUUUUGGGAUGAAAUCUUCAUAGGAAAGACAAUAUGCGACACUCUCUGUUUAGUAAAUAAUCCCUAGAGCAAAUAAAGAUACAUUUUUUUCUGAUUAUAUUUACAUCGAUGAGAAUUUGUAGAUAAGUUUAACAGCUCAUGGGGAAUUAUACAUAAUAAAUAAAUGGCUUCAAUGCUUGCUUAUUUCUGAAAAUUAUAAAUUAGAAUAAAUUUCAGCAAGUAAAAAUGCUGUUUAUGGCCUUACAACAUCUGAUGAACUUUUAGAAUGGGAUAUUCUAGCCUUUAAAAAGCUCCCUUUUAUUCAAAAUUAAAAGUCUUUCCCAACAGAACUAUCUCCACCAAAUAUUUAUUAAUUAAAUUAAAAGCUUGAGUCUGCAUAAUUUGUAAAUAAUAAAAAUUCCAGAAAAGUAGCUAUUACAUACAAAAUAAAAAAAUCUAAAGCUUCUAGAAGAAAGAAUAGUGGUAGCGUACCACCAUUAAGUUCAUCUUGCUUAUUUGAUGGUUUUGUUCCUUAAGAACAUUCAGGCUGUAAAAAUUUGCUUGAUUCUUAUUUUAGAAAUUCUCACAUAGCUAAUCGAUCACCUUCACCUGAUGGAAGUUAUGUCUUUGAUUAUGAUUUUCCUAGCAGGAAUAAUAUUUUAAAUUAAUCAAAUGAAGCAUCUUUCAAUAAAUCUCCAUUUAGAGAGUCUCCUAAUAGAGCAGGGUUGAGAAGAUUUUCACCUAACAAGUAAUUUUUCAGCUAAUUAAAUUCAAGAAGCUCAAGUAAAAACUAAGAAGACAGGAUAUUUAAUUAUAUGCCUUCAAAUAAAAAAAGCCAAGCUAAUUUCGUAAAUGCAAAUUAAGGUAUUUUUGGUUAGUUUUUUAAUCCUCAACAAAGUAAUUCAAAGACUAAUAUUAUACCUUCUACCUAUAUAUUUGGGAACUAAUUUUCUGAAUCUGUGAGUAGAAAGGUUUCAAUUGACAGUGCUAUUAGUAAUAUUCCAAAGAAUAGCUAAAAGCCUCUUAGUUUCCAUUAAAGCAGCACUCUAUAAAAAAACCAUCCUUCAUAUGAUUUACAUCCAAAAUAGUAAGAUAGCUAUAACAAAUAAUUAAAUAGCGUCUUUGGUGAUAAUAUUUCUAGAAACUCAAGUAACCAAAAAAGAACAAACGAGGGAAUACAAAGAAUCCAAAACAUUUUAAAAAAUACACCUUAAAAAGAUAGAAGUCCUGGCCAAAAGUAUUAGCAGCAAGCUUUGCCUUAAAAUAAUAACUAUCAAGAUAGAAAUAAAAUAAAUAAAAAUAGUUUUUUGGAUGACUAAUUUAAUUAACAAUUUGAAUAUAAUUUAGAUAAAAUUAAAUAACUAUCUUCUGCUCAAAAGAAAGCAAAUAAAGGAGAGAAUGAAUAAGCAAGAGGUAGGUAAUUGGAAAGAAAUAAUAAUUUCAUGGAAAAAUGGAAUCAAUUAAAGACAAAAAGUUAAAAUUAAUCUCCUAUUUUAAGCUAAAAAAAUGGCUAAGAAAUAUAAAAUAAUAAUAAAUUUUAAUUUUUAAAUGAUAUCCUUAAUGAAAAUAAUGAAGGCAUAAAAAGGAGAUAGCCCAGUGCAUUUAAUUAAAAUAUACUUCCCAAUGAUAUACUUUAGGAAAUGAGAGAAGUUUAGGAUGAACUAAAAGAGUUAGAGAACUUAGAAAAUAAUAAUUACAAUAGUAGAAACUAAAGUCCAAGUAGAGAGAGAUUCUAAAAUAAUCAUCCAGAUAGCUUUUUAUUCCCAGGAACAAGAGGUGCAUCACUGAAUAAUUCAUAAAAUUUAAACAACUCUAGUUUUUACAAUUAAAUUAAUUAAUUAGGAGUGUAAAAAAAUCAAAGAUUUGCUGCUUAAAACUCCUAUCCGAUAUAAAAUAUAAAUGACAUAGAUGGCUAUAUUAAAAAGAGUUAAAAAGACAUUGACCAAAUUCAUAGAUAACAAAUUGCUUUUGAAGAAUAACUUGAAAGAGAAGGAUCACCAAAUAGAGUUAUUAGAAUAGUUUCAGAUGAUGAAGAACCUGGAGAAGAAAAUGAUGAAAGCCUUCUUCAUUCAAAAGCCCGAUAUAUGAUAUAAGGAGGUAUUGAAUUACUAAAUAAAUAAGGUAAGAGAUCUCCUAAAGAUGAUUAAAAAAUAGAAGCAAUUAAAGAUCAGAUUUCAUAACUUUUAAACAACCUUUAGCCAUCUAAUUCUAAUGGUAAUAGCAGCAGUAACAAUCCUUCUUCACGUGUUAGCACAAGCAGAAGAGGUACAAAUGCUCCUUAUUAAAGCAUAAAUAAUUCACCAAGUUUUGGCUAAUCUAGAUAAAAUAGCUAGAAUUAAAGAAUUUAGCAAGAAAAAAUUAAUAGAAUUCGUGAUAAAAUUAAUCAAAUUCAAAAGCUAAAAAAUGCUCCAUAUGAACAAGCAGGAUUUAACUAUUAAAUAUAUCCAAAUAAUAAUUUGCAAUAUAUUAAAAAUAAAAGUCGCUCUAAUUAUGCUGAAAGCACGACUUAUAGAGAUGAAGAAAAGGAAUUCGACAUGUCUUCUCUUUAGCAUCCAUCUUUAAUUUAAUCUCCUAAUUCAUCUAAUUUUCUAUCACCACAAGGUACAAACAGUCCUUAGCCUUAUUUUAUGAGCUAAAAGUUCCAAAAUUCAAACUUCAACAUCAAUAACAAUAACAAUCAAAGAAAUGAGUAAAAAAGAGCUAAUGAGCUUUCUUAGAAGAAUAACAGUUUGCAAAAUUCUUCCUACUUAAAGUAGAGUUUAGGUGAAAACUACUUGAAUUAAGAAGAAGAAAUAUUAGAAGAGCCUUUGGAGACAAUAGUUUCAUUAAAAGAAAGAAGAGACACAGUAGAGCCUGAUUUGUAAACUAUUUAAUAUAAAGGCGAUAAAAAUAAAAAUAUGCAUCCAAAUAACUAAUAUUUGUAAUUUGUAUCUCGCAAAGGUAGCUUUUAAGAUAGUGCGCCUGUCCACUAACUCAUGUCUUAAGAAGAAAUUAAAUAAUAAAAAUAGCAAUAAUAGCUUAUGCAAUAAAAUAUGACUAGUUCUUCUUUUAAUGUUGGAGCAAUAAUAGAUGGAGGAGAUCCUAACGAAGAGUAAUUUAAUGAAAUUCAUAACUCAAUGCAAGAUUAAAGAAUGGGAUAAUUGGAGAAUUAUCGUAAAUAAAGCAGUUUUUGGAGUGAUAUUGAGAAACCAUUAGAAAGUUAAAGUAAAAAGGAUUUUAAGAAGAUUCUUGAUGAAGAUAUCAGUGGCUUUAACUAAGAUAAUGUAACUGAUAAGACUGCUGAAAUGAUGAUUUAAGGAAUCGGUGGAAACGCAAGCAGUGGUAAUAACCCAUACGGAAACAAUACAGGAUAUUCAAAAAAUCCUGGAUCAUAAAAUUUUGAUGAAAACUCAGCUGUUAACAAUAACUUUGGGUAUUUUCGCAACGAUUAGCAUAAGCUAUCCCUUCAGCCUCAUAGUUUUAUAAAAAAUACCUAUUUAGGUGAUUAAGAAGAUUAAGACUAUUCAGAUAAUAGAACUUAUAUUGAUGAUAGUGGUAAUGUUAAAGGUAUGUAAUAAUCAUUCUUAUAAGCUAAAUAGGGAUAGAUUCCAUUAAAUAUGCAAUCAACUUAAUACUAAACUCAAAUAUCUUCUUUUCCUAUUAGCUCUUAAGGUGAAUCUAACUUAGGAAGUAGCUCUAAUACAGGAUUUAAUUUAAGAUAGGCUUUCACAUAAUUUCUUAAUUAAGAAAAUCCUGAUAAUAAUUCAGAUACAACUCCAAGAAAAAUUGAAAAAAAAAUAGAAGAGCUAAAAAAUAAAUUAAAAAGCUCAACUCCUAUAGCUAACAGAAAUAAGUCUAAUAGUUAAUAAAAUUUUGCAGUAAAUGUAAUAAAUUCCUAAUUAACAGAGUAGGAAUAACAAAACUAAGGCAUGUAAAGACAAAAUUCAAAAGAGCUUACCAAGUAGAUCUAACUUAGUGAAGGAGAUAAAGAAUUGCAAACAAGCUAACAAAAAGCAUAAGAAAAAUUAGUAAAAUUAGAAAACAGUUAAAAAAUUGAAGAAGACUCUAAUAUUAAGCAAAAUCACUCACAAUCAAAUGAUAUUAAUGAUACAUCAUCUUCUGCAAAUAAAGAAGCAUAUAAGGAAGAAUCUUUUAAAUAGAAAUUAAAUCCUUUCUAAGUAUCUGGGAUUAAUCCUUUAAAUCUUUCGGGAGAAAACUUGAAUUCUGAUAGAAACCAUCACUCGGUUUUAAAUUAAAAUUAAAGAGAACUAUUCAGAGAUGAAGAAGACAAUCAAAACUUAAUAACUUCUUUAAACGAUAACAGUAGUGCUAAUAUCCCUAAUAAAAGCUAAGAUAUGCCCUUAAAAUAAACCAACUAAUAAAUCUAUGAAAAACAUCAAGAUAAAAAUGAAAUAAAUCCUUUAAGAUACUCAGAAGAAUAGUAGGAUGAAGAAGUCAAGAAAUCAAGCAAAAUUAAGCAAGAAUAAGAAUUUUUAAGAUAAUAAUAAUAAGAAUAACUAUUAUUAAAGCAAUUAUAAGAAUAAGAGUUAUUAAAAUAAUAAUAAGAAUAAGAGUUAUUAAAGUAGCAACAAUAAGAAUAAGAGCUGCUUAAAUAACUGCAAGAAUAAGAGACACUUAUAUAAGCCAACAAAAAGCAAUAAAAGUGUGCCUCUCUUGCUCUUAAAUUAGAUAAGCUAGUGUUAAAGAGAGCUUAUUAUUCUUUUAAAAGAUUGUGUGAUCACACAAGUGAAUAAAAGUUGAAACAAGAAGAAGUUAAAAAAGAAGAAAGAAGACUUGUCAAGCAGAGAGAAUAAGCUAGUAAUAUAUUUAGAAAAUUACAGCAAAUAUCAAAGUUAAGAAAGCAAGAAGCUUUAUAGCAAAUAUAAAAAUUGGCAUAGAAUAAAGAUUAUAGAAAUAAAUAAUUCUUAAGAAUCCUAGAAAAUGUAAUUAAACAAUUCAAACAAAGAUAAUAUUUUGAAUUUUUCGUCAACUGUUAGCAAAGUAAAGUGUAUAUUAGAGGAUAGUAUGUAAAUGCUCUCUAAAAGAAUGCAGAUUAGCUUGACAAAAUUGUGUAGCGUCAUUUAUAAAAAAGAUUUUUGUUACGCUGGAAAAAGAAUGCAAAGAGUUUGGCUCUACUUCUCAAAUAAAUACAAUUAAAUAAGAAUAUCUUUAAUUUAACUUUAAAUAACUUUAGUAAAAUUUUAAAGACUAAGGUCAUUACUCGUUUGAAUUAAGCAUUUGCUAAGCUAAUUUUAUAUUCUGAGAUGAUUGAAUCAUAAAGAUUGCACUAUGAAUAAUAAAUUUUAUUAGAAAGGUAAUAAGAGGAAAUAUAAAAGCUAGAAUCAACAAACUUGCAAAACCAAAAUGCAAAUAACGAAUUUGGCUUGGAAUUAGAACCUGAAUUUGAAUUCGCUAAAAGUAGAGAAAUACAAUCAAAAGAAAAAGAAGAAAAAAUUGAAGGCGAUCUCUUGAAUUAAAAUGAUGACCUUACUGAAUAUUAAAACAACUAAUAAACUUAAUAAACUGCACCUUAUACAUCUAUUAACGACAGACAGAGAGAAAAGUAUGAAGAAAAUGUAUAAGAUGAAAAAGAAUACGAAUUUGAAUCAGAAUAUUAUAAUUAAUAGUAAGAUGUUUCAGAUAGAUCAGAUUAGUUAAAAUAAUUAAAUAAUUAAGCUAACACUAUUAUGUCUAAUUUACCAGUCAAUUAAAAUUAAAAUAGUAACUUAUUAAAGCAACUAAUUGAAGAUGAAAAUAAUAAAGAAUUAAACUCAUAAGGAUCUUUCAAUAUUCUUACUGAAGAUAAAAGUGGAAAUAACUCUUAAAUUUAUGAUGUAUCUAAUACAUCUGGAUCUAAAAAUCACUUAGAUUAAGAAGACUAAGACUCAAUUAAAAAUUAAGAUUAAUAUUAAAGCAACAGUAUAGUACAUUCAGAAGAUGAUCAAUAAAAUAUUUAAAAUAUAAACCAAGAUAAUAUUGAAUUAGAUGAUGAAAAUACAGAUGAAUCAGGUAAAAAAUCUAAAAAACAAAAUAAAAAGCCAUUAAAUGAUGAAUAAGAUAGCAUAUAAUAAUUGAAUUCUAGUUAAAAUAAUGAAGAUUAAUUACCAAAAAUUAUUAUUGGAGACUAAAUUAUCAGCUUUAAGGAUACUUAAAAUAAGUCUAUAUUAACUUAAGAGUAACCUAAAUAAAAUUUAGAGAAGCCUGAAGAAUAAAGCUAAGAGAGUUUAGAAUAAAUUUAAGCUUCAACUAAUUAACAUAAUAAAUAAAUUUCUGCAAAUCAUGAGGAAACUUUAUAAGCUGAUAAAUAAUCAGAUUAAAAAAAUGAGAUUCCCUCUACCUCUAACCCAAGUAUUCUUAAUGAUCAGUUACAAUUAGAAAAUCCUAAACAAUAAUAAGAAUAAUCUGAGCAAGUAAUAGAUCAAGAUGAUAUUUUUAAGGACUUAAAAAGUAAAGAAUAAUAAAAGCAAUAAGAAAUAAAUUUAGAAAGUAAAAAUGAUAUAAACAAUAAGAACCCUACAAAUCUUGUACAACAAUAAAGUUAAGAAUAAUUAGAAGAAGAUGCCCUAAAUUAAUAGCAAAAAUUACAAAAUGAAGAAGACUAAGAAAUUAAAGGUUUUGUUAGUGAUUAAUAAAGUAUUAACAAAUCUGAUGAAAACAAAAAUUAAUCGCAUAAACAAAACAUAUAAGACCAAGCCUCUUAGGAAGAUAUUAAUUAAGAUUAAUAAAAUUAAUUAUUUUAAGAGUCUUUAUAAAAGUAAGAAAAUUAAUAACUCUAAGUUAAGUCAAAUGCUGAUAAUAGCAUUUCUUAGCAUUCUUUAAAUAAUUCAGGGUUGUAAGAUGUAGACAAGUCGUUAGAUAAUUAAAAUCAUACUUCAUAUAGAAGUGUUAAAUGGGAUGAAUUUAGUGAUUAUAAAGAAGAUUAAAAUGAUUUAAGUAGAAAUUAAAUUGACUCUAGGUAAGUUUUAAACGAAGGUCAAUUAAAAACUUUAGGGACAAAAGAAGGAGAGGAAUAAUAAUAAAAUGACAAUAAAAAUAGUCAAAAUCAAAAUGAACAAAACAAUUCUUAAAUUUUGAAUGAAUCUUAAAAUACUAAGAAUCAUUUAGAAAUAAUAUCAAAAAUUUAAGAUUCUUCUGAGAUUAAAUCUGAAUAAAAUAAUGAAAAUAAUAAUUAAAUUAAUUCAGAAGAAGAAGAAGAAGUAUCUCAUUAAGCUCAACAAAAAUAAGAGUAAAGUAAAUAAUAAAGAUAAAGUGAUUUAUUAUAAACAGAUGAAAUGAAUGAAUUACUUUUAUCUUAAAAUUAAGGAAUUAUUGAAGAAUUAAAGAAUGAAGAAUUAAUUAAUCAAAUUAAAUAAGAAAAAGGAUCUGAUAUUAACUAAAAGGAGGAUAAUAACAUUUAAGUGUAACAAACUACAGAUUUAAAUGAAUAAAAUAAUAAUGAUACAGUCAAAUAAUCUUAAGAUUAGCAGUCUUCUUUAAUUGAAGCCUAAUAAUAAAAGUAAUAUCAAGCUUCUAACUAAGAAAGAUAAUAGUUUAAUGAUGAGUAAAUAGUUGAUGAGAAUUCUAUUUAAAAGGAAUAGUAAUUAUAAGAAAAUUAAAUUGAAGCAAUAGUCUAAGAAUAAUAAGAAAAAAAUAUAGUAACGAUCAACUAAAAUAAGGAAUAGUAAGAAACAAAAGAUUAAGAUUAGAAUUAAAUGUAAUUGUAAAAUAAAGAAAAAGAUUCAAUGAAAAAUAAUUAAGUUUUUAAUUAACAACCUUAAUCAUUAGAUGUUGAGUAAACUUAGUCAACUCGUGAAAAGAACUAGUCAUUAGCAGAUAAUUAAAUUGAAACUUUAGUCUAAGAAUAGUAAAAAGAAAAUUUAGAAAUGAAAAACAAUAAUAAGGAUUCAUAAGAAACAAAAGAUGAAUAUUAGAAUUAAUUGUUGUUGUAAAAUAAAGAAAAAGAUUUGAUAAAUAAUAAUUAAGUUUUGAAUUAACAACCUUAAUCAUUAGAUGUUGAGUAAACUAAGAAAUAAAUUUAAGACUAAUAAAUAUAAAAUGAUGAUAAUUAAGUUGAUUAAAAUAAUUUAGUCAAAUAAAGCAAUAAAGAAAAUUUGUAGGAAGGUAUGCAAGAAUAGCUAUAUAUUGAUCACGAUUAAAAAGAAUAAAUUAACAUAGAAAAUAUAAAUAAAGAAAAUGAUCAAAUUAAAAAACUUGAUGAAUUUAAUAUUUAAGAAAAGAAAUAACCAAAUUAAAAUCAAGAAGGGGAAACAGAUAAAGAAUCAAAUAAACUUGAUUAAAUUGAAAAGCUAUAAGAAGAUUAAGAUGAAUAAAAAAAUUAAGUAAUCUCUAGUGAUGAAUAAAACUAAUAACAAUAAUAGCAAAAAGUAUAACAACCAAUUAAUUUAUCAGCAGAAGAUAAAGAAAGAAAUGAAGAACUAACCUAACUACAAAAUCAAUAAAAUAAUAAUAGUUAUGAUGAUGAAAAUUAAUCUGUUAAAUCUGAAUAAAUUGAAUCUCAAGAAUAACUUUAAGAAGGAAUAGAUUCUAAAGCUAUUUAUUAAUAAGAAGAAUUGCAAAAGAGAACAAAGAUUCUUACCUAAGAAACUGCCAAUCAAAAUGAUUAAAAUUUGUAAAACUCUAAUAACUUAAAUAAUUAAAUUAAAGAUUAAUAGAAUGAUAACAAAUAAUCUUAAAAUGAAGAAAAUUAAGAACCAGUUAAUAUAAGAUUAAAUUAAAGUAUUUCUUAGGGGAGCUUAUCACCCGAAAGAGACUUUUUAGAUAAUAAUUCUAACAUUUAAUAGGUAGAAUAAAUUAAUCAUACAAGCGAUGAUACUUGCAAUGUAACAGGAGAUAUGAAACUCACUUAAUAAUCUGUAAGCUAAGUUUAAUUUAGUAGCAAUAGGAUACCAUCUUUCAAUUCAGUUGAUAAUUAAAUAUUCAAAGAUUUAGAGGAAUAACCUGAAUAAAAAAAUGAAAGAAUCAGUGCAAAUUAAAUAGAAUCACCAGAAAAAUUCUAAAGUGCAAAAAGUGAUGAAGUAUUUUAUUCAAUAAAAAGUAAUGAUUUAUAAAAUCAAUCAUCUUCAAACUAAUAUUACACUGCUGAAGGAGGACCUUUAGAAUAAAGAAAAUCAAGCAGCAGCUUUAGUUCAUAGAAUAUGAUUAAAAAUGUUGACGUUUAAGAUAGCAGAAACGAGUUAGAAUAAAUUGAAGAAGAAAAUCCUACACCAAAUCAUAGCAACUUAGGAAGUAGAGUAUUUGAUACACCAUAAUAAUAAAACUCAUAGGUAUCCUAGCAAUAAUUAGGAUCAUAAAAAGAAAUUAACUCUUCUUAAAAUAAAGAAGGAGAUUUAACUAGCCGCGAUUUACCUUCAAAUAUUUCUUCAUAGUAAACAAGUCCUUCUCACAAAGAUGAUUAAGUUCUUAAUUUCUAAAAGAAUUUAAUUGGCUCUUCGUUAUCUGUACCUACUCAUUUCGUUCCAUAAACUUCUGAAGAUGAUUUAAAACUUCUUGAUAGUGAGCUAAGAGAUGAAGUUCUUGAUAAUUUAGUUACAAAUAUUGAUUACAUCAAAUAAAAAUCCUUCUAAAAUCAAAAUUAAAAAGAUGAUAUUGAUGGUUAAUAAGCUACUGUUUUACCUCUUCAUCCUUAUUAAUUAGCUUAAUCUUUCUUGCCCUAAGAAAAUAUAACUUUAGAGCAGGCUGAUAGUAAUCUAAAAGAUGCAUUUAAUAAUUAAAAUGAAAAAGCUUAAGUUGCCGAAAAGAUAAUCAGCUAGUAAAAAUACGACAACCAAGUUGAAGCAGAAGAAAAUUAGACUGAAAACAAAUAAAAUGGAAGAAAGUUUGAUACUUUAAUGUAAUAGAUGCAAGAACAGGAAAAAAUUUUUAAUGAUUAAGAAGUUAUAAAAUUCACAGAAGAGAAUGAAGAAGUCAGUAUUAGUUAAAAUAUGUAAAACUAAUUGCAAUAAUCUAUAAAUAAUUCUAUUCAAAACAGUAACAUAGCUUAAGAUGAUAAAGCUGAUUUCCUUGUUGCUGAUGAAUCCAAUAUUUAAAAUAAGAAUGAUAAAUAAAAUUAAAAUGAAAAUUUAAAUAUUUAUUGUAGCUUCUUUACUCCAAAUACAAACCAAGAUCCAAAUCCUGAAAGAUAAAAAGAAAUUUUUGACGCUUAGAAUGAAAUUGCUUAAAUAUUAGAAAUAAAUAACAUUAGUAAUUUUAGCGUUGAACCCUUUACAAAAUAAAUAAGUCUAUCUGAGAACUAGAUUAAAUAUGCUAAAGAAUGGUUGCAAAAUAAUCCAUCAAAAACAAUUGAAGAAUAUAUUAAAGAAGUUGUAAAAAGCAGAUAAAACGAAUAAUAACAAGACAAAUAAGAGGAUAAAGAAUAAAGUAACAAGUAAAGUGAAGAAAUUAAAAAAUAAAUAGAAGACUUUGAGUAGAAUGAUUAAGAAGAUGACUGGUUAAAUUUAUCAAAGAAAAAGAAAAAUUCAGGGGAUAAAUUAUUAUAGCAAGAAUAGUAACAAAUGAGUUUCGAAAAAUAUCAAAAGCUACAUUCAUCUGAGAGCAAUUAAACUCCAAAAAAUUAAACUGUAAGAGAUUUUACUUCUAAUUAAUGCGAGAGUGAUUAAAUUGAGUCUUAAGUAUCUGAAAAGCAUUAAAAAGAAUUAAUAAGUUAAGAAGAAAACUUUUAAGAUAAUGAUUUAAGGAAUUAAUCUUAAAAAAUACAUGAUUUACUUCAAAACAAUGGAUUAAAAUUUGAAUAAUUGUUGUUAAACUAGUCAUAAGAAGGAGAAUCAAUCCCUCUUGAUUAAUAAGUUAUUUUUAACAAAAAGCCUUUAGAUUAUUUAUUAAAUGAAUAAUUCUCUUCAGAGAAACAAUAAAAAGAAUGCGAAGAUGAAAUUUUAACUUAAUCUUCCCACUAGGAAAAGGAUUGUGUUUCAGGUAAUGAAAGCUCUGAUAAAAUGUAAGAUGUAAUCGAAUAAGAUGAAGAAGAUUAACUUUAAGAAUAAGGAUUUUAAAUAAAUGAUGCUAAAGAUUAUCUAAGUGAUUUGUUUGGAAGUAUUCCAUAAAGUUAAGAAAAGUCAAGUAAAAAGAAAAAAUUAUAGAAAAAAUUAGCAGAGAAAUAUCAACCAAAAGAUCUUUGCAAAUUAACAGAGCAUUCAUAAGAAUUUACAGUACAAUCAUAAGAAAUAACAAUUCAAUCAUCUUAAGAAGACUUAAAUUCAAAGAUUAUAUAAGGCAAAAGAAAAUCUAAUUUCUAAUAUUCUGAAAGCGAUGAGGAGAGAGAUCAAGAAUCAUCUUUAAGGAAAAUUAAUUAAGAAUCAGAAGAAAGUUUUACUAGUAACUAUUCAAAAAAACUCAAGAAAAAAUAAUACGAUGAAGAUUUACUCUAAGAUUGUAACAAACAGUAAGAAUAUUCAAGUGGUAAGAAAAGUAAAAGCAGUAAAUCAGCUGCCAGUAUAACUAAAGCUGAAGUGACUAAUUAUCUAAAUGACCUAUUUUAGAAUUGCAAAUUUUCAGAAGUAGAGUCUGAAAAUAGUGAAGACGAGGAAAUUUAAAAUAUGGAUAUUAAAAGUAACAAUACCAAUUCAGAUAGUGAUUCUGACGAAUUAAAUUAAGAAAACAAAAGUAAAAUUAAUGCAAAUUAAAAUCUUCCUUAGUCUGAAAAUAAAUAAAACAUUCCAUCCAUUACUUCCAUAGAUAAAUUAGAAGCUAAUAACUAUCUCCAAAAUGUGUAUGAAAACUGCAAUUUAUCUUAAUUACAAAUUGAAAAAGCAGAAAAUGAUGAGCAUCUUGAAAAAGAAAAAUAAAUGUUGAUCUAAGAAUAAAAUGAUAAAUCUUAAGAGAAAUAGCAAGAUAAAAAUAUUGAUCUUCCAAAGUCAAUAAGUUCUUUAAAUAAGCUAGAUGUGGAUAACUAGAAUUAAUCAAACUAAUAAAAUGAAAUAUCAGAAGAUCAAAAGAGUAAUAAUCAAUUUAAUCCUACUUCAUCUUAGAAGAACAAUGAAACUUGUUAAGAAUAUAGCUAGAGUUAAUCAGAGAAUAAAGAAGAUGAUGAUUAAAUCAAAAACUUAGAUGAUUAGCUUUUAAAUGAUAGUCAAUUAAUAAAUCCUUUUGAUGAUUAAAAAAUAAAUAACCACUCUGAAAAUUUGAAAACAUAAAAUCAAAUACAAAAAUAAGAAAAUUAGUAAUUUGAAUAAGAAAACAGCUAAAAAUAAAUAGAAAAUAACUAAAUUUAAGAUUAACCUCAAAUUAGCAAAUAAUCUUAAGUUUUAAAUGACUAAUAAGGGUAAUUAGAUUAAAAUAAAUCAGAAAACAGAAAAGAAGUUGAAACCUCAAACAUAGAAUUCAAUCAAGAACAAACAAAAAUCACAACUGAUUAAAAUGAAGAUAAAUCAUAAUAAAGUUUCAAUAGUAGAUUAGAACAAAAUCAAGAGUCUAGUUUACAAAAAGAAAAAGAGUCAAAUACACUUAAGGAUUAAUAUUCUUCCUAGGCAGGUUAAUAAGAGGUAAUUAUUAAAUCGGGUGAUGAAGACAGUUAAGAAGGUGUAGAUAUUUAGAAAAAUAAAAAUAAAAAUAAUGAAAUGAGCAUUCAAUAAGAUUUAAAACAAAAUAAUAGUUCUAGCUCAUUGCCUUCUGUAAACAAACUUGAUAUUGAUGGGUAUAUAAAUGAUGUAUAUAAAAACUGCAAAUUAUCUUAGCUCGAAUUAGAAUUAUAAUAGCAAAAUAAUUAAUUGUCAUAAAAUUAAUUAGACGAAGAUUAAGCUUAAGCUUAAAAUAAUUAAAAAGAUUAAGGCUCUUCUUUUAAUUAAAUAGAUGCUUAUAGUUAUAUUGAUGAAGUUUAUAAAAAUAGCAAAUUAUCUCAGUUAGAAUUAGAUUAACUUCAACAAAACAAUCAAACAUCUAAUGUUCAGAUAGAUAAAACAUCUUAAGGUUAAAAUAAUAUUAAUGAUGCCUCUUCUUUCAAUUAAUUAGAUGCUGAAAAUUAUUUAAGUGAAAUUUACAAAAAUAGCAAGUUAUCAUAGAUAAGUUUAUAAAAAUUGCCAAAUAGUUAAAUGUCUCUGAACUAGUUGGAUGAACAAUCUAAGUCUGUUAACAAUCUUAAUUAAGAUCCUUCUCUCAAUUAAUUAGAUGAAGAAAGCAAUGCAAACGAAACUUGCAAAAAUAAUAAACUAUCUUAGAUUGAUUUAGGGUAAUAACCUAACAUCUAAAUGUCUAGUAACUAGUUAGAUGAAUAAACUAAAAUUCUUGAUAAUCCUAAUUACGGUUCUUCUUUCAACUAAUUAGAUGCAGAAAAUUAUGUAAACUAAAUUUACAAAAAUAGUAAAUUGUCUUAGCUAGAUCUAGGAUAAUAACCAAACAUCUAACUGUCUUCCAAUUAAUUAGAUGAGCAAACUAGAAAUCAAAAUAAUCCUAAUUAAAAUUCUUCCUUCAAUUAAAUAGAUGCCGAUAAAUAUAUUAACGAAAUUUACAAGAAUAGUAAAUUGUCUUAAAUUUAAUUAGAAAAGGAUGAUGAAGAUUAAAAAAUUAGAAAAGAAUUUAUAGAAAAUUAAGAUAGCCUUCUUAUUGAAGAAUAAGCCUCAAAUUAAAAGGAAAAAGUUAGCUCAGAUUUGACAGGUGAAAAAUAACAUAGUGAUAAUUAAAAUAAUGAUGAAAAUUAGUAUUCUAAAUAAUCGUAAGGACUAUUAACUUUAAAUAAGUAUAUGGAAUCAUCUUCCGUGGAACUUUAAUCACCAUACAGGCAAUCUUUCUUGAAUCCACAAAUUAAUUAAUAGCUUAAAUAAUAAAUUAAUAUUGAAGCUUUAGAUAACUAAGAUAAAAAAGGAGAUGAGUAUGAUAAUAAUUUAAAAAAUUAAACAAGCAAAGAUAGUAAUAAUUUAUCCAACCUAAACAAUUAAUUAUAUGGCAGAUAAAUUUCUUGUUAAGAUGAUAAAAAAGAAUCUAGUUAUCUACCUACAAAUAAUACCAAUUAAAGAUAGUAUUGUGAAAUAAUCCCAAUAUCAUCUCCUUAAUAAAAUAUUUAACAAUAUUAAUAAGGAUUCUAAGAUUCAAAUAAUGAUAAUUUUGAUAAAACAUUUAACAAUUCUAAUCAAUAAUAACUAGAAAACAAUUUACCUCUUCAGUUAGAGUAAAAUAAUUCAUCAAUAAAAUAAAGUAAAUUUGAAUAAAAUCAAUAGUAGAAUAUAGUCUAAGCUAUUCUAAAAGAUAAUCUAAAUGAAAAUUAUCAAAAUAAUUCAUUUUUACAAAUAAAUAGUUCAAAAGAAGAUUAAAAUAAUAUUGUAUAGUAGCCUUAGGAUUAGGAUGAAAUAGAUUAAAUCCUUCAUAAAUACUCUAGUCUUAAGCCUCUUAACAACUAAGAGUCCAUGUAAGAAUAACCUAUAAUUAAUGAUGACGAAAAAGAAUAAUAAAAUAAGCAUGGAGAUAAAAUAGAUGAAAUCUUAAAUAAAUUUAAAAAUGAUUACCCCCAAGAUAUUUCUACUUAAAAAUUAAAUUAAAUUGAUCAACAAAAAAGCAAUAGCUCUGUAAUUCAAGAAUUAAAUAAAUAAUAACAAACAGGAUAAAAAGAUCCUAUCGAUACUAUUUUAUAGAAAUACUAAGGGUUAGCAUUAUAAGAUAACAAUAAUAAUGUUCCUGAUGAUACAAUUAAAACUUAAGACUAAAUUAAUAUUGAUGAACUAAUGAAAAAAUAUGACAUAAAUUAAGCUAAUUAAGCACAAAGCCUACUAAAUCUUCAAAGCUCAGAAUAGCAAUUAAAGUUAAAUCAACCAGAAUAAUAACCUCUUAAAAAAGAAUAAAUAAAUCAUCUUUUGUUAAAAUAUAGUUCCUAAAAUAAUUAAAUAAGUGACUUACCUGUAUAAAUUGAAGAGUCAGUAGUCAAAGAUAAGAGUGAUAUUAUUGAUUAAAUAUUGCAAAAGCAUAAAAGUUAACAAUAAUUAAAUGAUAGCUUUUAUAGAUAAUUCCCUGAUAAAUAAAAUGAAUAAUAAGAGAGCCUAGCUAGUUAAGUUUAUCCCUCCGUUAUUUAAGCACAGAGUGAUACAAUUGAUGAUUUAAUCAAGAAGCACAAAGCAUAAAAUAAAAACUCUGAAACAAAGAAAAGUUAAGAAAUUACUCUCAAUCCUUCAACUAGCAUAUUCGAUCCUGCACUUCUUUUAGUAGAAAAACCUUAAAGUUAAGGUUAAAGCUUAUAAAACUCUGUAUAAGACUAACAAAUUUAUUCAAUUGAUCGUCUCAAAGAUUUAGCUAACUAAGACAUUAAAAAUCAAGCCAAUUUACUAUACACUUUCGAUAAUGAAGGAAAAGGUUAUGAUCCUGAAAAAUAAUACAACAAUUUAAGAAAAACAGAGUAGAAUGUAAACAGUAAAAUCUCGAAUAACCUUUAGCAAGAGUUAGAUUUUAUUAGUAAAAAUAAAACAGAAAAAAUAAGUGAAGCUGAUACUUUAAGAGGAAGAAGUGUAGAAUAAGAACAAAAUUAAAUUGUGGCUUAAAUGAAUUAUGGAGAAAAUUAUCAAUAAACUUUAGAUCACGUAGAUAGAAAAAAUUUUGAUGGUUAGGGAUUGAUAUUUUCUAAUACUCCAGAAGCUAUUCAAACUAAUUUAGCUAUUCUCAAAGAAUCCUAUUCUGGAAAGGAAAAAGAAGGUCUUAAGAUUAUUAAGCCUUAAGUUGUUCAAAUUUUGGAAGAGAAAAUAAAUGAUCACCUAUAGGAUAAGUCAAUAAUAGAUUCGUUUGCAUAACGUCAAAUUUUGUAGUAAUAAAUUUAUGGUAUACCUCCUCAAGAAUAAGUCACUGUUAAUAAAUACUACAAGUUAUCUCCCAAGUAUUCUACCCAAUCUCCAAAUAACUAAUUUUAGCAUUAGCAAUUCCAAAGUUUAAAUAGUCCUAUUUCUUAAAAUGCAACUCCAAAAGAUGAAUUAAAAAUAUAGUAAGCUCAUAGCUAUGGUGGCUAGCAAUAAAUUCAAAACAAUUCCGAAGUUAUAGAUAGAAUUAUUUAGGGAGCAAGACAAUUAUCACCUUCAAAUGGUAAAAUAAAUGUUCUGCUAGAAUCUGAAAGAUAAAAUCUCACAAAUUUUGAUACUAAUCUUUUCAAUUAAUCACCUAGUUCAGUUGUCUAUUCAAGAGAAUAAAGCUAAGCAAAUACAUUCAGACCAAAAGAAUAAGAAACCAAUUAAUUUGAUAAAUUAUCUGAUAACUAAGAUUAAAUAUAAUUUAAAACUAUGCUAUCUCAAGAUAACUUAGAUAGAUAAGCUGGAAUUCUAUCAUUUUAAGAAAGCGAAGAUUUAAAAAAGGCAGCUAAAAAUUUAUCAUCAUAAUUUUCUAAACCCUUAAACGAUUCCUUGUAAAAAGAUAAUUCAAUAAACUAAUUUAAUUUACCACUUGGUUAAAACUAAUAUAGCAAUCAAAUUAACAAAGGAAGUACUAAUAAUUCAUUAAUUGGUAUUUCUUAACUAUAAAGCAAUUAUUAAGCUGAAAAUUUGCCAUAGAAUGAUUUAAACAGUAAUCUUUAAAGAAAUAACGAAAGCAAUGUUGGAAUAAGUAAUAAGCUAUAAACAUUUGGUAACUCAAAUGAGCCUGAUCAAAACAAUUCUCUGUCUCAUAUUGGAAUAAAUGAUUAUAAACCAAUACUUUUUAGAAGCUAAACUGGAUUAGACAAUUAAAAUAGAGAUGACUCACAAAAUCCAGAUUAAAAGCAAGUAAGCUUAAACAAUUCUUAUUAAAUUUUGCAAGACUCCAGUUAUUUACCUGUUUCUUCUACUCAUUUUGGUGUAAAUUCUAAUAAUAACACAAUGGCUUUCCCGGCUAGUGGAUACACUACUCCAGCUAACUCGACUCUUAUUAAUUUGCAAUCAAAUACUCUUCUUCCUAAAAGUACAUUCAAUGAUCUUAACUAAGAGUUUAAGAAGUAAAAAUCUUCAAACAAGUAGAAUGUUAUUAACAAUGAAGAAGGAUAAGAAGAGGAAGAAAGAAAAGAAAUGCCUUUAAGCAUAAACUAAUAAAGUGAAGGCUACCAUACAAGAUAUAACAGCUAUGGUUCUUAUAUUCCUUUUGAAAUUAAAAAACCUUAACCUAGUAGAGACCAAUCAUUAGAAUCAUUUAAAAAUUCUGACAUUUUUAGGGGAGGCUCACCUUAAAGAAGAUAUGAAAAUUAGAAUUUCUUAUCUCCUAAUGCUAGAGCUGAAUUUUUGAAUGGAUAGCUUAAUCCAAACACUAAAAAUGAAAAUAAAGACAAUACAUAAGAUUACUUAGGCAGCGAAAAUAUGUUAGAAAAUGAACUUAAUAACUCUCAAAAUUUCCCUAAUUCAAGCUUUAUAUCUAAUGGAAACGUAGAUUUUCUAAUACGCCCACAAUCUUAAUUCCCCUAAUAGUACAUCCAAAGCCCCUUCUAAGAAGCAGUACCUGCUUAAAAUCAGCAACAAUACCCAAAUUUCUUGGACAACCUUCACAGUAGAAAUCAAUCAAGAGACUCUUCAUUUACUGCUAACUUUUAAGGUUAACCUCAUUUCUAUUCAUAGACAAGUAGCCCUGCAAAAAUACAAUCAGUUAACUAAUUGGUUUAGUAAGCAGCAACAUAUUAAUAAACUUAAUCUGUACAUUAAAGUGCUAUUUAAACAUUCCGUCCUAAUUAGUAUCCUCACAGUGCUCAUCAUUCUCCUCAUACAAGCAGAAGCGAAUUCAAACCUGUUAUAUAGCAAACUAUAAUUAAACAAUAAAUUGUAUCUAAGUCUACUUCAUAAAUCCUCUAUUAAUCUCAUAAUAGUUUAAGUAGUAUUGAUAGUUAAGGAAAUCAUUCUAUACGUCAUUAAAAUUAGGCAUCACUUCCUCCAUAACACCCUGGAUCAAUGUAAAAAUUACAUUUAACUUCACCAGUCAAGUAGACACAUAAAAUUAGUCAUUCAUAAAGUAAUAUAAAUAACAGUGUUGUUAUAAGUUCACCAUUAGUUGUUACAAAAACAUUGCAUCAUUCUAACUCUCAAACUGUUAUACCUAGUUAGUUAUAACACUCACAAUAGUUAAACAAUUCAUAACCAUUCAUCAAAAUAACUCAGUUAAGCCCUGUUAAAUAAGUCUCGGUAAUUCAUCACAAUCAUUCAAAUUCACAGAUUUCAAUAACCUCAGCAAAUGAUAUUCAAGUUGUUUAAAAUCUUAAUGAUUCUGUUCAUUCAAGUAAUAGCUCAAUUUAAACUUUCAAUCCAUCUUAAAUAGGAUAAGAAGUUCAAAGAGCGACAACUAAAAAUGUGAUUAUAAACCCUCAUCCAGUUUCGAAGACUGUGGUCUAGCAUGUUGUCGAUUAAAACAAUCAACUUGUCUAAACAAAUAUUAUUUCCUAAAAAACUCCUUCAGUCUCUAAAACUCCUGCAAUACUCUGCUAAAAAGAUUAAUUACCAUCUCCUGAAAAACCAAUCAAAUCUUAAUUAUCGAAUUCUUUUUCCUAAGUUAACCUAGAUUAGUCCGUGAGAGUGUAAAUGACUCCGGUUUCUUUAAAUAGAAUUGGGUCUUCUCAAAAUCUCUCUACAAGUUAACUACCGCCAAUCAGCCAAUAAGUGUCAAAAACACCUAUUGUGAUUAAUAGGACAUUACAUUAAAAGGAUAUUCCAAAAAUAUGA